GCUUUACGGCGGGGAAGGGCCUGUGCGGGCCCCCGUAGGGCAGUUCUCUGCCGACCUCGUUUCCCAUUGGCUGUGGGCGAGAUGGGCGGGUCCUCGAGGAGCCUGAGGAAGAGGGCGGCCGCGGUCGUGGUGACGGAGCGGAGCCCGGUGACAGGAUGGCUGGGCACAGAUUGGUGUUGGUAUUAGGAGAUCUGCACAUCCCACACCGGUGCAACAGUUUGCCAGCUAAAUUCAAAAAACUCCUGGUGCCAGGAAAGAUUCAGCACAUUCUUUGCACAGGAAACCUUUGCACCAAAGAGAGUUAUGACUAUCUCAAGACUCUGGCUGGUGAUGUUCAUAUUGUGAGAGGAGACUUUGAUGAGAAUCUGAAUUACCCAGAACAGAAAGUUGUGACUGUUGGACAGUUCAAAAUUGGUUUGAUCCAUGGACAUCAAGUUAUUCCUUGGGGAGAUAUGGCCAGUUUAGCCCUAUUGCAGAGGCAGUUUGAUGUGGACAUUCUUAUCUCAGGACAUACACACAAAUUUGAAGCAUUUGAGCAUGAAAAUAAAUUCUACAUUAACCCAGGUUCUGCCACUGGAGCAUAUAAUGCCUUGGAAACAAACAUUAUUCCAUCAUUUGUGUUGAUGGAUAUCCAGGCUUCUACAGUGGUCACUUAUGUGUAUCAGCUAAUUGGAGAUGACGUGAAAGUAGAACGAAUCGAAUACAAAAAAUCUUAAAGCCAGAACUAACUUGAUUUUUUUUUUUUCAUUGUACUGUUGAAAUCAAGUGAUUAAACAUUUAAGAGCCACAAAAUUGUAUCACUUUUAUAAUAUUUUGCAGUAAAAUAUAAUAUUGUCUUCUCUGUUAAUACAUAAUUGCUCUAAGCUUCUUGUAAACUAUACGAAUAUAUUUACAUUAUAUGGCUUGUAUGGAAAUAUGUCCACCAUGCAGUUACUGGUCAUGUGUUAAGAAAAAUGUAUCCUUGUAAAUAUCUUCAAAGUUGAUCUUUGGAACUUUAUUCCAAAAGUAGUGCAUGAAGAGAAAGAACCUAGACUUUCUUGUAUACAUUUUUCUCUUCUCCAAUAAUAAAUGUUUACCUUUCAUUUAUA